AUGGAUGAAACUGAAGAAACCGGUUGGGAUGAUGCUGGAUCAAAGUGGCGGGGACUUGGUUUAACAGAUCCCAUUAAAACGGUCGAGGAUAAAUGGCUUUUACUUCCUGCGUUUUUAAAAGUCAAAGGCCUCGUUAAACAACACACUGACUCUUUUAACUACUUUGUCGAUGUUGAUAUUAAAAACGUCGUGAAAGCUAACAACAAAAUCACUUCCGAUGUCGAUCCUCGAUUCUGGCUCAAAUAUACCGACAUCAAUAUAGGAUUUCCAGACCGGAAUGAGGUCGAGACCGUCGACAAACAAGUGACCCCUCAUGAAUGUCGUCUUCGCGACAUUACCUACGCUGCACCAAUCAUUGUCACAGUUCAGUACACUCGGGGUAACAAAAUUGUCCAGAGAAAUGUCAAUAUUGGACGAUUACCCAUCAUGCUUCGAAGUAACAAAUGCGUCUUAACGGGAAAGAGCGAGGCCGAGUUGGCUCGUAUGACGGAAUGUCCACUCGAUCCUGGUGGAUAUUUUGUUGUGAAGGGUACGGAGAAAGUGAUUUUAGUUCAGGAACAACUGAGCAAGAAUCGUAUCAUUGUCGAGACUGAUUCUGUGAAGGGUAUCGUCCAAGCUUCUUGUACCUCCUCGACGCAUGGCGGUCUCAAAUCGAAAACAUACGUCGCCACAAAGAAAGGGAAAAUCUAUCUUCGCCACAAUUCAAUACACGAAGACGUUCCUAUCGUGAUCGCCCUCAAAGCUCUCGGGAUUCAAUCGGACAAGGAAAUUCUUCUCCUGACCGCCGGUAAUACCGAAGCUUACAAAGUUGCCUUCUCCGCCAAUCUUGAGGAUGCUGCUAAACUCGGUGUAUUCACCAGGCAACAAGCUCUAGAAUGGAUUGGAUCGCGCGUCAAGGUCAAUAGGAGGGUGAUGGGUCCCAGGAGACCUGCUUGGGAAGAAGCCUUGGAAGCUUUGGCGACAAUCGUGCUUGCCCAUGUGCCUGUCAAUGGUCUUGACUUCCGCUCGAAAGCAAUUUUCGUUGCGACCAUGACCCGGCGUGUUCUUAUGGCAAUGAACGAUGAAAAGAUGGUAGACGACAGGGACUAUGUCGGAAAUAAACGUCUCGAGCUAGCAGGUCAGCUUCUUGCUUUGCUAUUCGAGGACCUUUUCAAAACGUACAACUCCAAUCUCAAGACAGCCAUCGAUAAAACACUGAAAAAACCUUCUCGAGUAAAUGAAUACGACGCGUGGCACACCAUGCAAUUUCAAGGAGAUCAUAUCACGUCCGGCUUUGUUCGCGCAAUUUCCACUGGAAAUUGGUCGCUGAAACGAUUCAAGAUGGAGCGCGCGGGAGUCACACACGUCUUGAGCCGACUCAGCUUCAUCUCUGCAUUGGGGAUGAUGACCCGAAUUUCUUCGCAAUUUGAGAAAACUCGAAAGGUCAGUGGACCUCGAGCACUGCAACCAAGUCAGUGGGGAAUGUUAUGUCCAAGUGACACUCCUGAAGGCGAAGCCUGCGGUCUUGUGAAGAAUCUCGCCUUGAUGACGCAUAUCACCACGGAUGUGGAAGAAGAGCCCAUCAUUCGUAUAGCCUAUAUGCUUGGGGUUGAAGAUAUCAGUCUUUCAACAGGCGCCGAGAUAUACAGACGUAACACCUUUAUCGUCAAUGUGAAUGGCACCAUCAUUGGACUCACAAAAUAUCCCAAGCGCUUUGUGCAGCAGUUUCGUAAACUGAGGCGCGCCAGGCGAAUCAGUGAGUUUGUGAGUAUUUAUAUCAAUCAUCAUCACCAGGCAGUCCAUAUUGCUAGUGACGGGGGGCGUAUAUGUCGUCCGAUAAUCAUUGUUGACAAGGGGCGUCCACGGGUGACAUCUGAACACAUAUUGCAACUGAAGCAAGGUCAAUUCGUGUUUGAUGACUUUCUACGGAAAGGAAUCGUAGAGUACCUCGAUGUAAACGAAGAAAACGACGCAUACAUCGCACUGUAUGAAUCUGACAUUGUUGCGACCACGACACACUUAGAAAUCGAACCUUUCACCUUACUUGGCGCUGUGGCAGGGCUCAUUCCUUAUCCUCACCAUAAUCAGUCUCCCCGGAACACUUACCAGUGCGCUAUGGGCAAACAAGCGAUUGGCGCUAUCGGUUACAAUCAACUAAAUCGCAUCGACACAUUGCUCUAUCUGUCCGUUUAUCCUCAGCAGCCCAUGGUUAAAACCAGAUCGAUAGAGUUGGUCGGAUAUGAUCGUCUUCCGGCUGGACAGAACGCCACGGUCGCUGUUAUGAGUUAUUCUGGCUAUGAUAUUGAGGAUGCACUGAUCUUGAAUAAGGCGUCUCUCGAUCGUGGAUACGGACGCUGCCAGGUUUUAAGGAAGAACGCAACAUUAAUCCGGAAAUAUCCUAAUGGCACAUUUGACCGGUUAGCGGAUGCUCCGUUCGAUGAGAACGGUUCAAAGGCCAAAAAAUAUGAUAUCAUUCAAGAAGAUGGCCUUGCAGGAGUUGGGGAGAGGGUCGACCCGGGCGACGUCUAUAUCAACAAGCAAUCUCCAACUAACGCAAACGAUAAUAGUUUUACCGGACAAGCUGCCACUGUGCCCUACAAAAAUACCCCCAUGACUUACAAGUCUCCCGUCGCAGGCAAUAUUGACAAAGUUAUGAUCAGUGACACGGACAACGACCAGACAUUGAUCAAGGUCCUCAUCCGUCAAACACGGAGACCGGAGCUGGGCGAUAAGUUCUCCUCUCGACACGGACAAAAAGGCGUUUGUGGUCUCAUUGUUAAUCAGGAAGAUAUGCCCUUCAAUGAUCAAGGCAUCAACCCAGAUACCAUCAUGAACCCUCACGGAUUUCCAUCUCGCAUGACAGUGGGAAAGAUGAUCGAGUUGCUCGCUGGAAAGGCGGGAGUUCUGAACGGCAAGCUGCAAUACGGUACUGCUUUCGGUGGAUCAAAAGUAGAAGACAUGAGUCGUAUUCUUAUAGAAAAUGGCUUCAGUUAUUCCGGAAAAGAUAUGCUCACCAGCGGUAUCACCGGCGAACCGUUGGAGGCAUAUGUGUACUUCGGGCCUAUAUAUUAUCAGAAACUUACUAAUCAAACCUUAGAACAUAUGGUAAUGGACAAGAUGCAUGCUCGUGCAAGGGGGCCUCGGGCGACGCUUACGCGACAACCAACUGAAGGGCGAUCUCGGGAAGGUGGCCUUCGGCUGGGAGAAAUGGAACGAGACUGCCUGAUCGGUUACGGGGCCACGCAACUACUUUUGGAGCGCCUUAUGAUAUCUUCUGACAAAUUUGAAGUUAACGCCUGCCAGGAAUGUGGUUUGAUGGGGUACAACGGAUGGUGUACCUACUGCAAAAGCUCAAAAAAGAUGGCACAGCUAACUAUUCCUUAUGCGGCAAAAUUACUCUUCCAAGAGUUGAUGGCCAUGAAUGUGGUUCCUCGACUGAUAUUGGAUGAUGCCUGA